GCUUCGGUGAAUUGUUCUCGGAGAGUUUAAUUACGACCGGCGACGAGGGGAGGGAUAGUCUUAUCUUCUUCUUCUUCUUCUUCUCUCAAAUGACUUUUAUUUUUCAUUCUCUUCAGAUUCAAAUCCUAGAUUCGAUCGGAGAAUGACCACGACGACGACGCCGGAGAAGACUCCGGCGAGACCUCUCUCUAUCCAGGACUGGGACGUUCUCAUCGACGACUUCCGAGACGACGGCGCUCCUCGCGACUGGUUCACUUCCGUUUUCCAGAUUGAUUCUCUAGCGGACUUGGCUCUCUCGUCUCUCCUCAAGAAAGACUUCCCUAUCACUGUAAAGCUCUCAAUCCUUGUCUUUCUCGACGAGUUUUCCCCGAUUUUGUUUGAUAAAUGUGGUAACGAUACCUUUGAUCGCUUCAUCGAUGUUCUCCGAGCGAUCGUGCAAUCACCGACGGAUGGAUCGUCGGGAUUGAAGGAGCAAGCUAUGGUCUCUUUCACCUCUGUGAUUGUAUCGAUUGAUUCUUUCUCUCUAGGUCACGUCGAAGCGGUUGUUGAUUUGCUUCUUGCUCUCGUGAAUCGUCCUAACCACGGGUUUGAUCGACAAGCUCGUGCCGUAGCGUGCGAGUGUUUACGUCAGCUUGAGAAAGCUUUCCCUGGUUUGUUAUCUGAUGUGGCUGGUCAUCUUUGGUCGUUGUGUCAAGCGGAGAGAACUCACACUGUGCAAGCUUACCUUCUCUUGUUCACUACUAUUGUUUACAACGUGGUUCAUCAGAAGCUUAAGGUUUCGCUUCUUAGUACCUCUGUACCUUUGGUGCCUUUUAAUGCUCCUAAUUGGAUGCGUGAUCAGAGUUUGGUUAUGAGUCAAGGUCAUCAUCAAGGAUUGGGGCCAGAUCAGAAGGAACUGAGACGAACGCUGGCUUUUAUGUUGGAGUCUCCGUAUUUGUUUACGUCUUGUGCUAUGAUGGAGUUUAUGGGUAUGGUUGUGCCACUUGCAUCAGCAUUGGAGUUACAGGCCUCUAUGCUGAGAGUUCAGUUCUUGGGGAUGAUUUAUUCUUUUGAUCCGAUGCUUUGUCAUGUUGUCUUGCUUAUGUAUACUCAGUUCCCUGAUGCGUUUGAGGGACAAGAGAAAGAGAUCAUGAGACGUCUUAUGCUAUUUUCCAAGGAGACUCAGAUCUAUCUUGUUUUCCGCUUGCUUGCGCUGCAUUGGUUAAUGGGUUUGUUGAAUAAGCUUAUGUUGAGUGGGGAGCUUGAGAAGAGGAAAUCUGUUCUUGAGAUGGGUCAGAAGUUUCAUCCUGUGGUUUUUGAUCCACUUGCUUUGAAAGCGUUGAAGCUUGAUCUGCUGGUACAAUGCUCUGUUAAUUCCAACGCUUUGAGUGGAGGUAAUAACAGCAAAUCUGCUGGGGAUUUGUUGCAGGAAUGCUUGGUAUCGGUUUCGGAUUUUAAAUGGUUGCCUCCAUGGAGCUCAGAAACUGAAUUAGCAUUCCGCACUUUGCACAAGUUUCUGAUAUGUGCAUCUACACAUUCCGACACUGACCCUUCCACCACUAGAAUUCUUAUGGAGUCUAGCCUCUUCCAAAACGUGCAGGGGUUGCUGGUAGACAUGACUUUGGAGUUUCAAAUAUUGGUCCCUGUUAUUGUGGCUUUUAUUGAGCGGUUGAUAAACUGUCACAAGCAUCAGUGGUUAGGAGAGCGGUUUCUUCAGACACUCGAUGAGAAACUGCUUCCCAAACUUAUGAAAAACAACUUAUUAACAGCUUACUUCCCGCUUUUCCAUCGGAUAGCCGAGAAUGAUACAAUACCUCCUUCUCGAUUGAUAGAGCUGCUUACGAAGUUUGUAAUUUCACUUGUUGAGAAGCGGGGGUUUGAUGUGGGGUUGAAAUUUUGGGAUCAAGGAACUGAAGUUCUUGGCAUUUGUCGAACACUGAUGAGUCACCAUAAGAGCUCUAGAUUAUUUCUUGGACUCUCUCGCCUUCUUUCCCUCACAUGUCUCUAUUUCCCUGAUCUGGAAGUCCGAGACAAUGCUAGGAUAUAUCUGAGGAUGCUGGUCUGUAUACCAGGACAGAGAAUUAAAAACAUUUUGAAGCCCGCAGAUGCUGUCUCUCCAUCAACUCAUCCUUCUACAUUCUUUAGUGUUCAAAGUCCUCGUUUUCGUCAUGAUCCUAGUAAAUCUCGGAACCUUUCAGCCUAUAUUCUUCUUGAACGGGUUACGCCCCUACUCGUGAAACAGUCAUGGUCAUUGUCUCUACCAUCUCUAACUGUUGGAACUGAUGGAUAUAGCAUUAUAGAAUGCAAAAUCGAGGUAGAUGAAGUUGAGCUGGAUGGCAGUCAAGAACUCCAGAUUUUGCCAGAAGCUCGAAGAAUUGAAUCAGGAAAACCUACGUUAAGGGUAAUGGACUCAAAGAUUGGAGAGAUUCUAGAAAGAUUAAGAAGGUAUUUCUCAGUGAUUCCUGAUUUUAAACACAUGCCUGGAAUUAAGGUUAGGAUAACCUGUACUUUGAGAUUGGAUGCUGAACCAUAUAGCAGUGUCUGGGGAAGUGAAACUCAGAAUGUCGAGUUAGAGAAAGUUGACUCACCUCCUGCGAUUUUCGCGAGCGUGCUCAAAUUCUCAUCUUCAGCUCCGUAUGGCUCUAUCCCCUCAUGCCGCAUACCUUUCCUUCUCGGUGAGCCUCAUUCGAACAGCAAUGUACCCAACGAAGAAGUUUCUUUAGACAUCGUCCUGGUAGAAAACACGCUGAAAGAGGAGGAGAAAGAUGGCUUGAGAGGAGGAGCACCUGUAACAGUGGAACUGGAACCUAGAGAACCUACACCAGGUUUGGUUGAGGUUUCAAUGGAAGCAAAUGCAGAAAAUGGUCAGAUGAUUCAGGGAAAACUCGAGAGUGUCCCUGUGGGGAUCGAAGACAUGUUCCUAAAAGCUCUUGUUCCACCCGACGAACCUGAAGAUUCAACACCGAGCUACUACUCAGAUCUAUUCAAUGCAUUGUGGGAAGUGUGUGGUUCUUCAUCCAGCACGGCGCAUGAAACAUUUGCACUUAAAGGAGGGAAAACCGCUGCAGCAGUCAGCGGGACUCGGUCAGUAAAACUGCUUGAAGUCCCAGCGGAAACUGUAAUACAGGCCACCGAGCUUCGCUUAGCGCCUUUUGUGGUGGCUAUCAGCGGAGAACUGCUUGUAAACAUUGUAAGAGACGGAGGAAUCAUCGAGAACAUUGUGUGGAAGGAAGAGGAAGAAGAAGAAGGGAAUCACGCAAAUGCAGAGCAGUCUACAUCAUCCUCGGUGGGAAACCGAGGCCCUCUUCGUCUGACAUACAUUGGAUAUGGAGAUGACCAAGAGGUUCCGAUGACGAGGAGCAGAGGGAAAAUGGGAAAGAUAAAGAUGUUGGUGUUUCUGCCGCCGAGAUAUCAUCUGAUGUUUGAAAUGGAAGUUGGGGAAGGAUCCACAUUGGUGCAUAUAAGAACAGAUUAUUGGCCUUGCUUGGCUUAUGUUGAUGAUUAUUUAGAAGCUUUGUUUCUGCACUAGGAGAGACUUUUCACUAUUUUUUUUCAUAUUCUUUUUGCCCAUGCCACCACCUACAUAAAGCUACCCAAACGAACAAACACAAAAAGAAAAAAAAAUAAUAAUAAAAAGUCUGAGGAGGAUGUUGUUUUGUUUUGAUAAAUUUGUAUCUUUUCGGAUAAAGAAGAAAUUAGUAGA